GACCAAUCAAAAUCGACAACCUCCUUCCAGUCCACCAGUAGUUACCAUGGAAUCGGACGCACUAAUCGGCCAAGACCGCCGCCGCCUUCUGUACGCGUGGCGCAAUGUACGAGCCGAAGCCCAUGCCAUCUGGGGCAUGGCGUGGAAGAUCUCUCUCGCGUCGUUCUGUCGUUUGUCCGUGUUCACGAUCUCCACGGCGUUCUUGGGCCAGUUGGGCACGAGAGAGUUGGCCGCGAGCGCCUUGGCUCAGUCCGUCAUCGGCGCGCUUCGCAUCGUCACAUGGGCGUCGUCCACAUCUCUCAGCACACUCUGUGGCCAAGCCUAUGGCGCGCGGAACUUUGAGCUCGUGGGGACGUGGCUGCAAAUGGGCCUCGUCGUCUUGAGCGUGGCCUCAAUUCCGCUGGUGGCUGCCCACUUUUACGCGUAUCUGGUGCUGCAGUACGUCGUGCCAGACGACCCCGAGUUGCUCGCGUUGGCGCAAACAUUUGCUAAUUACACGGCGCUGAGUGUGUGGCCGAACGCGAUCUAUGUGGCUCUGCGAUCAUACCUCCGUUCGCAGCAGGUGGUGGCACCCAUCGCAGUCGUCGACGCUGCCAACGUCGGGCUGUACAUCGCGGCCAACUACGUGUUUAUCUACGGAUGCUUUGGCUGGGAUGGCUUGGGGUUCGUGGGGUCGCCGGUGGCGAGCUUCGUUUGCGCGACAAUACAGCCCCUCGCGUUGUAUUUGUAUGCGUUUGUUAUCCAGCGGCACCACGAGAAAACGUGGGGCGGAUGGUCAUGGCAAUGUGUGGACCCGACGCGGUUGAAGCAAUUUGUGUCGCUUACGAGCUCGUUCUUUGUGUACUUGGCCAUGGACGAGUGGAUCUACAACGUGCUCACCAUCGUCGCAGCCCAAUUGGGGAGUUUGAACUUGGCUGCUAACAGCAUCCUAUUCAACGUGUGGGGGCUCGCGUAUGGCGUGUACCUUGGCUUUAGCACCCCCAUCCAAGUCAGGGUUUCGCACGCGUUGGGGGCGAACGACCCCUUGAAAGCCAAACAAGUGACCGUUGUCGGGUUUGCCUUGGGCUCCCUGGCGACGCUGCUGGUGGUCAUCGUCCUCCUUGCGGGGCGCCGGUGGCUUGUGGGGGUGUUUACGCAGGAUCCAGCCCUGCAGGACAUCUUGGGGGCCGUCUUGCCAAUCUUUUGCAUGGCCGCGAGCAUCUCGGGGCUGCAUGUGAUGCUGUCGUCCGUGCUAGAAGCCAUGUCGCUGGCCAUGACGCUAGUCGUGGUCUCUGGUGUCGGGUCAUGGGCGAUCUUGCUGCCUGUGUCGUAUUACUUUGGCAUUUCCCAAGCGCUUGGGUUGGCCGGCCUGUGGUGGGGCAGUGUCGUGGGGGAAGGCGCCAAGUUCGUCCUCACUACCAUCGCACUCUUUGGAUUGUACGACUGGACGACCAUUGCCCAACGCAUAUCUGCUGAAGCCCAGGGAGAUGUCGUCGUCGUUGACGAGGAAGUCGAAGCGUUAACGUCUGCCGACACGAUGAAGAGUCCCGUGGCGACAGCUACAAACUCGUCGUUUUAGGAUUUUAUCUACCGGUAGUACUUCGAAGUAAUUACCAACACCAUAUUCGACCACG